AUGAAGUCUGGACUCCCGCAUUUCGAGCUCCCAGCAUUCAGCUUUCCAGGCUACUGGACGAUAGUCCUAGGUCUCCAGGAUACCGUUGAGAGGCGAGAGCGGCACCAAAUCGAUCUGAUGAGUUGCAAGACCCUGUUGCUCUCCAUUGAGCCCACGUUGAGGAGAGCGUCUUUUCCACGAGCAGGUAACAGCAGACCAUACAUCACUCCCGCCUUUUCCAUUCAAACGCUCAACGAUAUCAGCAAGAUGGACGAGAACAAGCGCCGCGCCAGAGAGUGCUUGACUCGCGCUCGCAAAACCCUCCUCGAGUCUGAGGAAAGCGUCUUCGUUCGCAAGGUCGAGGCCGCCAUGAAGCGCAUCUUCGACAUCACCCCCCUCAUGCGCGCCAACAACACCACCUCCACCACUACCACUACCACUACUGCCGAGAUUCCCAACAGCACCAACCAGCAGGCCUUGCGCUGCAUGCUACAAGCCUGGGACUACUUUGAGCUGGUGGACGACUACACGUCCGCCGAUCUGGUAAAGGCGCUGGCCGAGGAGAUCUUCGGUGGCGACGCAUGGGGCAGUGCCAUCCAGGCAUACGUCGAAGAAGAUGCUAUCACGAAGCAUCAGGGAGAAGUGGAUUGA